GGCUCGCCGCCGGGAGCGCCAGCGCGGGCGAGCGGCGGAGGCCGGCCUGGGGGCGGCCAUGGACCGCUUCGUGUGGACCAGCGGCCUCCUGGAGAUCAACGAGACCCUGGUGAUCCAGCAGCGGGGAGUGCGCAUCUACGACGGCGAGGAGAAGAUAAAAUUUGAUGCUGGUACCCUCCUUCUUAGUACGCACCGUCUAAUUUGGAGAGAUCAGAAAAAUCAUGAAUGCUGCAUGGCCAUUCCUCUUUCCCAAAUCGUGUUCAUUGAAGAACAGGCAGCUGGAAUUGGGAAGAGUGCCAAAAUAGUGGUUCACCUUCACCCAGCUCCUUCUAACAAAGAACCCGGCCCAUUCCAGAGUAGUAGGAACUCCUACAUCAAGCUGUCCUUCAAAGAACACGGCCAGAUUGAGUUUUACAGGCGUUUAUCAGAGGAAAUGACACAGAGAAGAUGGGAGAAUAUGCCAGUUUCCCAGUCGUUGCAAGCAAAUAGAGGACCCCAGCCAGGAAGAAUAAGGGCUGUAGGAAUUGUAGGUAUUGAAAGGAAACUGGAAGAAAAAAGAAAAGAAACUGACAAAAACAUUUCUGAGGCCUUCGAAGACCUCAGCAAGCUCAUGGUCAAGGCUAAGGAAAUGGUGGAGUUAUCAAAAUCCAUUGCUAAUAAGAUUAAAGACAAGCAAGGUGACAUCACAGAAGAUGAGACCAUCAGGUUUAAAUCCUAUUUGCUGAGCAUGGGAAUAGCUAACCCGGUUACCAGGGAGACCUACGGCUCGGGCACACAGUACCACAUGCAGCUGGCCAAACAGCUGGCUGGAAUAUUGCAGGCACCUUUGGAGGAACGAGGGGGAAUAAUGUCACUCACGGAGGUGUACUGUUUAGUAAACCGAGCUCGAGGAAUGGAAUUGCUCUCACCAGAAGAUUUAGUGAAUGCAUGCAAGAUGCUGGAAGAGCUGAAAUUACCGCUCAGGCUCCGUGUGUUUGACAGCGGCGUCAUGGUAAUUGAACUUCAGUCCCACAAGGAGGAGGAAACAGUGGCCUCAGCCUUGGAGACGGUUUCAGAAAAGGGAUCGCUAACAUCAGAAGAGUUUGCUAAGCUUGUGGGAAUGUCUGUCCUCCUGGCUAAAGAAAGGUUGCUUCUUGCCGAGAAGAUGGGCCAUCUUUGCCGAGAUGACUCCGUGGAAGGCUUGCGCUUUUACCCAAAUUUAUUUAUGACACAGAGCUAAGAGUUUUGUAUUUGAAAUAACUUGGUACCGGGAUACUUGCAUCAUGUAGAGGUUGUAUGCCAUUGAGCUAAGGGUAAACUCUGAUAAACCGAGAAUUUACUGGAACUUCACAGUAUAAUAUAAAACCCUUUUAAUUUCUCCCUAAAUAUUAUGAUCCAGGAAGCUUCUUUAGGAUAAAUAUAGGAAAAUAUAGAAAGAUGAAUGCCAAUAUGAAUUCGAAAUCAUGCUACAGUUGUAGAGAGACCCUCCGAGUUUAACUUGAAAUAUGGUGGAUUUUAACUUGAUCUUCAAAUCUGACCGUUUUUGAAAGAAGAGAAUUUAGUUCAUGGGGGAAGAAAGAGAGAAGUUGCAUGUUUGGACAGGUUAGAUCAUUAUUUUGGUGUGACUAAAAUUCACCUGAAUUAUAAAUGAAGUUUUUCCUCUGCAUUUAGUGUGCCCAUUUUGGGGGGUUUUCAUGAAACAAUUUAUACCUACAGUGUAGUUUAAGAACCUGACGACAUUGGAGCAGAAUAUCCAACUGCAGGAUAUCAUCUGAGGCUCCUCCUAUGGGCUUUUAGAAGCAGCCAUAGGCAUGUCUUCGGCAGACCAAAUAAAGCACCUUAAAAAAAAAGAGAAUUUUAUUUGACUUACGUAUAUAUAAUCUGACGAGUUUCUUUUCUUUUCUUUUUUUAAGUGAUGAUUUCAUGGCUGGCAUUUAAAGAAUGCAACUAUGUCAUUUUGUUUUAAAAAUGCUGUAGAUUUUGAAAGUGAAUUAGAGAGCUGUAUAGACACGCCCAGAGAUAUGGUUACAGAUUUGGGAAGUAGACGGUUCAGGAGUUCCCUAUAGGGUUGCUGUGUGGGCAGAGGGGCGGGGAGGACCUUUAACUCGCUUUACAGGAAACCUGGUGCUCUUUUACCUCAAAGCCAAGGAUGGAAAAUAGAGAGUGGGAACAUACUAUGUCUCCUUUUCCUUCCCUAAAGAAGGAGUUUCAGUGCUGAAAUUUUAAAACCUUUCUAUCAUGUUCUAGCAAUAUUUUUUUCCUUUACCGCACACAUUAUAAGUUGUGUGGAGAGACUGUCUCACUAAAAAGUAUUACUGAGAUAACAAAAACCGGCUAAUAUAUUGAAUCUAGAUUGCUUGAGUUUUCCAGUGGACUGCCUGACUUUGUUACUGCUACAUAGCGUACGGUAUGUUGGCAUUACCUCAAACUCAGGGACCCCAAAGGGACGGAAGGAGAACCCCUUUCUAAGACUGAAUUGGCAGUGGAAGGGAGUGAUGGGUUUGGGCCAAGCGUCUAGAAGGGAUAGUAUCUGUACUGAGAGGCCCUUUAAGACCGGGAGGUGGGGAUACCCAAGCUCAGGCCCCGGGAUGCCUGAGAUGUCCUCGCUGAGAGGUGGCAGGCCACUGCUGGGGCCUCUGCAAAUGCCCUUUGGGGAAGGUCCAGGGAUCCUCAGCUGCAAACCCAGGGAAUCCCUCCAGGCGCAGCCAGAGUCAGUCCCUGAUCCCUGCCUGAUCCGUGUCGCUGCUUCGCAUCCUCCAGUGUCACGGGAAUGUUGUGGCCAAGGCGUCCUGCCUUAGUCUUCGUUUUCCGAACCUGUCACUGAUGCCACGUUGUGAUGACAGAUCCCCUAAUUCCCCCA